UAAUGUAAUCUUAUUGAUUUAGUUUUUUUCAGCCGCAUCAAUACUGCCUUAUUUUAUAUACAUACCAAUACAAUUUUCAGAACAAACUUAAAAAAUGAUCCGUUUUAUUUUGAUUCAGAACCGUGCCGGCAAAACAAGAUUAGCAAAAUGGUACAUGAAUUUUGAUGAUGAUGAGAAACAAAAACUUAUUGAAGAAGUACAUGCAGUCGUCACAGUCAGAGAUGCAAAGCACACUAAUUUUGUAGAAUUUAGGAAUUUCAAGAUAAUUUAUCGAAGAUACGCUGGAUUAUACUUCUGUAUUUGUGUAGAUGUAGGAGAUAAUAACUUAUGCUAUCUUGAAGCAAUACACAAUUUUGUAGAAGUAUUGAAUGAAUAUUUUCACAAUGUCUGUGAAUUGGACCUGGUAUUCAACUUUUACAAAGUAUAUACUGUAGUUGAUGAAAUGUUUUUGGCUGGUGAGAUUAGGGAAACUAGUCAAACCAAAGUAUUAAAACAAUUACUCAUGUUAAGUUCAUUAGAGUAAGCUUAUGAUUAAUAAUUUAUGUUAAACAUUAUACAUUGAACAUUUUUUAUAUUAUAUUCUUUAUUCCAUUAUUAAAUUGUAUUAAUUUGUAACCUUAAUAUUAAAUAAUGUAUAAAUUACUAUAUUCCUAUUAUUAAAUUGUAAAAUGCCCAUAUUAAAAAAAUAUAUUUAUAAAUUUAUUACUAUUCAA